AUGCCUCCUUACUCUGCCCUCCUCCUGGCUGCGGCCGGGCUCGCCGCCGCCGAAGGUUUGACGGCGAUGAACCUCGGAGAAGUCCUCGGUCGAGGUGUAACUGCCGCCGGCCUGGGCUCUUCGGCCUUUGGCGUCCACGCAGUCACUGGUACUUGUGGCAUCGGAGAGACAGAUUGUGAUAUCGGCUGUAUGCCUUUGACCGGCAUCUGCUGUGGCUUAGGCAACGGCGCUUACUGCGACAUUGGCUACUCAUGUGUUAGCGAUGGCUGCUGUCCUGUUGGGAAAGUUUGCACGGGCGAGCCUACAGGCUGCGAAGGAGACCGUGACCUUUGCGGAGAGUUUUGCGUGCCCAAGGGAACUUGUACUUCAGGAGGAGGAGGUGGUGGAGGAGGAGGAGGUGGUGGUGGUGGUAGCGGAGGCGGCGAUGGAGGCUGCCCUACCGGAUAUGUGGCCUGUGAUGACGAAUGCAUGCCCUCUGGCAGUGUCUGCUGCCACAAUGGCUACCACUGCGAUGCUGGACAAACAUGCACAGCUGAUUUCCAGUGCCAACUUGGUAGCGGUGGUGGUGGUAGCGGCGGCGGCUCUGGUGGUAACGGCGGCGACAACCAAUCUUCAUCCCCUGGCGACUCUUUCACGAGCGAAGGGUCUGGUGGUUCUUCAGGCCAUCAAACCAGCUACAGCCUCUCACCAGACCCUCAGCCAACGAAUGCUCCCACCCAGUCAAACCCCUUUGGCGGAUCCGGCGGCGAUGACAACACUUCUAAUCCUUUCCCUCCUGUCACCUCUGGUGAUAGUCGGCCCAGCCCUACCGAUAACGGCUCGCCCUUCACUUCAAAUGCUGGCCCUGCCAUCACUUCUGACGUCGGCCGCCCUACUACGACUGCUGCCUCUCGCCCGACCAGCACUAACGGCGCCAACAGCGAUGCGAUCGGCUCUUCCAACUUCCUCGUUGGUCUUCUCGCCUUCAUCCCCUUUGUUCUAUAA